CCGUGCCGUCUGCUCGCUUCGCCUGCGCAUGCGCUAGCACACAGCGGUUUGUUUGCUUGAGGAUGAGAUUUGUGGUUUGUGGUAGCGGUGGCGGUGAAGCAACUUUGCCAAAUAUUCCAUUCCAGUUCCUCGCUGGAUGUCCCGCUCGUCCGUCGAUGUUCAACAAGGCCACUGGACGAGACGAAAGAAGAAGAGGAUUCCUGGAACGGCAGCGUUCUUUGCCGAAGCAACUGCCACUUUUGAGGAAGAAGAAGGAGGAGCGUUCUUCGUGACUUUGCGUGUUUUGGUGCGACUGAUCUCGUAUGCACCGUGAAUAUGGAAGAGAUCGAGACGUCAGCGCAGACUGAUAUGACCAGUAUGUCAGAGCUGUCACCGCCAGCAUCUAGAGAAGAAACUGGAGCAGGCGAUUCUUCGUGGCAGUCCGACAACAAGAAGUGGAUGAUUGUCAUCGGCUUGUUGCUCCUGAUAGGAGGAAUAAUAUUGUCUGCCGUAUUGUUUCUGGGAAGAAAAUCUGGCGGAGAUGACGACGAUACUUCUGAGGCACAAGAAAGUGAAUCAGGGCAAGGGGCGGUCUACGUGUCGAUCUCUGCUCCUCCUAGAGCCUUUGAACGCGAAUACACUGAAACGAUGCCAGUGGUGCCUAACACUAUUUCUCUGAAAGCAACAACACCAACAACAACUGCAAGUACCACGCUUACUACAGGACUGACGCCCAGCACUGGACAAACGACGAGUACAACGAUACUUAUAUCUGUUACACAGCAUAGUACACGGCACACUCUUGCCGAACAGCAUACGACUAGCACUAGUAGCGCUGUUGACACGAGCCGGAAAUCAGCAACUAGGCGUUCUGCGCGUACAAGAAGGAGGCGAACGACUAGACGAGCCAUCUCUGCCAGACGGAAAUCAACGGCUAGACACGCUACCUUUACUAGUCAAAAUGCGACCGUUAGACAAGACACAGUCACCAGACGGAAGCCACUAUCUAAGCGCUCUACCAUAACCAGUCGAAAGCCAACAACUAGACGAGUCACCGUUACUAGGCGGAAACCGACAACUAGACUCGUUACCUUUACUAGUCGAAAGUCAACAACCAGGCAAGCUACCAUUACUAGACCGAAACCAAGAACAAGACGAGCCACCGUUACUUGGCGGAAACCAGGAACAAGACGCGUCCGAAAGCCAAGAACUAGACGAACCACCGUUACCAGACCGAAGACAACAACUAGACUCAUUACCUUUACUAGUCGAAAGUCAACAACCAGGCAAGUUACCAUUACUAGACCGAAACCAAGAACAAGACGAGCCACCGUUACUUGGCGGAAACCAGGAACAAGACGCGUCCGAAAGCCAAGAACUAGACGAACCACCGUUACCAGACUGAAGACAACAACUAGACGCGUUACCUUUACUAGUCGACAACCAAACGAGUCGACAACCAAACGAGUUACCAUUACCAGCCGAAAGCCAACAACUAGACGGGUCACGGUUACCGAGCAUAAUCCAAUAACUAUCCUUGCAACUUCGUCACAGACCAUAUCUACCACCACAACUUUGAAGCCUCGCUUGUCAGCAAAGACCCUCCUGUGCGUCCUGGGCGAUGAAGACAAGUUUCCUCCAGCUGACCUCUGUGACGUCCUUGUGUACGACUCCAACAAUGAAGACUACGCACCCUUCUUGAACCCCAUGAGUAUUGGCACUGCAGCGUUCGCAAGGAAGACCACAGAGAAAACGAUAACCAAAUAUGCUAUCCAAAUUCCUGAAAAGUUUCGUAAUGAGGCCAUGAGGAGCCUUCAGAAACCAUCUGGUCAAGAUAUUGUUCAACAGCUAUGGGCGGCGAGAGUUCGAAGCUAUGCCUUCCUGGAACUGGAGGUCUCUCCCUACACGGACAUGGUACAGGUCUCAGGCGUGGUCAGCAUGGUCAAGACACUGCGAAGACUUCAACACGACCUUGAGGGACGUACGAAGCAGAACGGUUACAUCAUCUUGGGCGUUGCUGUUAUGGAGAAAGAAACGAAAGAUAACGAUCACGCUUACGUGCAGAUGCUUCAAGAGAUCAUGAGUGAGGCCAAGCCGGACGCCUUGGUGUACGUAACCAGUUUCAACAAGGAAUUUUUUGGAGAUACCCGCUGCAGGGCUAUUGGACCGUCGGCUUGGGCUAGGCCUACUAUACCCGAUCAGCCGACGUUCGUGAAUGCACUUGAGCUACGCAAACUUAUCGGCGCUUCGUCGACCGUAACGGAACUCCUGUCCCUGAGUAUCAGUGGACGCUGGGCAAGCUUCAAGGAACUGGACGACCAGGAAGAAUGGGACGAUAUCAUAACCACGCAAUCCUGCACUUCCAUCAUACGACUGGGGUAUCAAGAUAAGGGCUGUCCAAGGGGAAGCCAGUAUGCUUCUUUUCAUGCUUACCCACGAGCAGAAUGGCACGAUGUUAAACGACAGCACAAGUACAUAAGGACCAAGACCUGGUCGUUUGUGAUGGCAUACGAUGAUAACAUCACCAUGGCAACUAAGAUGUGCCGAGCAGCCAAGGAGUACGAUUUUCACGGAGGUUGGGCGGUAUUUGACUUGGAAUUUUCCGAUAGCAGACACUUGUGUCCUGACGACCAGUUCAAAGAUGGCCUGCGCCUAGUACACUGGAUUAAGCAUCACAUGAAUCAAGGGUUCUCCGGAGAUUGCUCCAGCAUUCGGAAAUGAUCACGGCUUCCCGUCCGAUGCUUAUUGAUUUGCCGCGAUAUAGAGAUGCCACCGAAUAAAGGUUCAAUAUAUUGUACAA